GCCAAGCAUCGGCUCUUCUGCGAGUGCCACAUCACCGGAGCCUCUCGUUCUCCUCCAGCGCCACUACGAGGAUCCUGCCCUUUACUGAGCCUCGAUGUGGCACAAACCAGCCGCCAUAGUUUCCAUCGCGUUUGUUUGUGUGUGUGCUUAGUUUCUUUGCAUGAGCAACAACCGUUCUCCACGAGUAGAAACGACACCUUUCUUUCUGUCUCUGUCUCUCUCUGUGUGUGUGACAGGAACUAAUUUAUUUAUCGCACGGUUGCUAAUCCAAAGGGAGGCGUUUAGCAGGGACGUCGGGGCUACCAAUAACGUCAGUGCAGAAUAAAAAGGAUUUAUUUAUAUAUUUUUUACUGAUAUUCAUUUUAUUUUUUUAUUUUCUGUGAUCAAAGCAGCUCCAAACGUCGGUGCGUAAACGGGGCUGGAGGUAGCUCCGUGAUCCUGCUGCUGCUGCUCCUGCAGCUCCUGCUCCUGGUUGUUGUUGUUGUCCACGUCUCGGUCUCGUCGCCAGCUUCUAGGCCACGUCCCCUGCGGGCGUAAUUUCCCCCACGAACAUUGGGGCGAACUGCACUGGGAGGAUGCGUGGCGUGCGGAAGGAGGAAGAAGAGGGAGCGUGAAGCUCGGCGGAGAUGUGAGAGCAGCUUUACACGCGUUCAGGACCGUCGGUUUUUUCUCCUUCCUCCUCCAAUGGUUGCCGCAUUCACACGGCAUGUCACGUAGACACACGGUGCGUUUCUCACCGGGAGGACAUUGAGCUCACCAGGUUGCGUUAACAACCAGAAGUAACGCUACACUUUUUUUAUUUUAUUUUUUUUUAAUUUAUUUUUUUUGGUUGUUGUGCGGAAAUGGUCGGGUUUGGUGCAAACAGACGCGGGGGCCGCCUCCCGUCCUUCAUCCUCAUCUUUCUGAUGGUGGUCAUCGCCGUGCUGUCGUUCAACUACUGGACGGUGUCCAACAAGCACGGCCGCCUCCUGGACGAGCUGGCCGAGGUGCAGACGCAGGUGAAGCGCACGGACGCGGCGCGCAGCCGCCUGGAGAAGCGCAACUCGGAGCUGAUGGUGCAGGUGGACGCGCACAGGAAGCAGAUCGACCAGAAGGACGGGGACUACAGCGUCCUGGAGAGCAAGCUCCAGGCCCGAGAGACGCUCAUCAAAAAGUGCUCCGACGAUAAGAUAAAGCUGCAGGAUGAAGCUUCGGCCCAAAUGACAGAGAUUCAGAGGCUGAAAGAGCAGCUGAAGGAGCUGAAGCAGGAGCUAAUGAAGCAGGAGGAGCAGCUCAGAGAAGUGAAGAAGAACAGCACCACCCUGGAGAGAAAGCUGGAGUAUGAAAGUUUACAGUGCGGACGUCAAAUCGCACAACUCAAAGAGGAAUACGAAGAAACGAAGAUGAACCUGGAGGUGGAAGCGUCGAAGCUGAGAAAGAAUGUAAUCGACGGUCCGAGGGGCGUCGGCGCCGUCGGACGUGCAGACGGAGCGGCCGGCGCGGAGGUGGCUGGAGAGCGCCACACGGUGGCCACACACAGGCACAACGGGCAGCCAGAUAUAAAAGACGAGAUGGGUAAACCCGGCAGUGACGCUGGGAUGCCGGGCAUUGAAGACAGCGAGGUGGGAAAAGUCGAUGAAGUGCAGUUUGCCUUGAAGAAACCAGCCAUCACUCAGAAGCAGCACGACGACGCCCCCGACGCGGUGGUGGGAGCCGGCGCCGGACCCGGACACGGGGCGGCCGACGGUGUCGGGGGCGACGACCCGCUGCUGGACCAGCCCAGACUCCAGCAGGACCGAGUGGACGGACGAGUGGACGGCGAUCGCGGCCCCAGGCCCAACAACGGGCCGACAAGCCCACUAAAAACACACAAAACCAUCUUAAGGCGACGAAAGCGGUCGGGCGGAGAACAGCAGAGACAGAUCAGAGACAGUGUCAAAGGUGACGGCGAACACCUGAAGAGGAUUCCUUUGCCCCCGAACCCGGCCCAGGUGCCCAACCCCAUCGAGCCUCUCCGCUCCAAAGACCAGGUCAUGGCGGAGCCGGUGCACCACCGCCAGAGCCGGUUCUUUGAUGAGAACGAAUCCCCAGUAGAUCCGCAGCACGGCUCUAAGCUGGCGGACUACAAUGGGGACGACGGCAACGUGGGUGAGUAUGAGGCCGACAAGCAGGCCGAGCUGGCCUACAAUGAGGAGGAGGAUGGUGAUGGUGGGGAGGAAGACGUUCAAGAUGACGAAGACCGGGACAUGCAGGGCGAUCGCGCUGUGGAUUACGGGAAAAGACGUCAGGCCAACGACAUUCUCUGAUCUCGUACGUCACAAAACAAAACGCUCAGACCUUCCUCUACGAUCCAGGUCUCUUUUUGACGGAAAACUUUUUAAGUGUAGGAGUUCACGUGGCGGCGUCUUCGAUGUCGAUGUCAAGGACUGUUUUGAACAACCGACAUUGUGACUAAUGGAGUCUGAAUAAUGUAACAUAAUACAAAGGGGGUUUAAAAAAAAAAAAAAAAACACACACACACGGCAUUAUCCUGAGCUGCAGUUGAUUUGCUAACGGUUGUUAAGUUAUGACGUGAGGUAGCGGGUGAUAAACUGUACAUUGACUGUGGAGUUCUUGUUCUAUGAAAACUGCCUCGGUCGUGACGGAGCGUCUGAAAAAAAGAUCCCUCGACUCUAAACUUCAAGGUGGAACCAUGUUUUGCUACUUUUGUCUUUGCUGUUGUUUGGUACGAACGGUCUCUUCGCCCGAGAUGUUUUUCUUCGAAGGGAACUAAUUCUGCCUUUCUGACGUAGAUCUGGGACUUUUACGUGGAAGACAUUUUUUUUUUGGGAAUACAUAACGAACGCCAAGGACUUUCCUCAUGGCCUAUUAAAUCUGUCUCUCUUUAUUUUUUUUUUGUGACAAGACAUUAAAGAAAGUGCUCCUCGUUUUUUUUUUGUUUUUUUUGUUUGUUUGUUUUUUAAUGAUGCCAGUGCAUGCAUUUGAAACUUUUUAUGAAUAAUCAAAUUGAGCAAAAUACUUAAGCUUAAGCAAUACUUAGAGCAACGUUAGUGUCCUCCACAGAGUGCAGAGAUUAAACCCGAGCACAUCUGGAUCUGACAUAUACUGUACACAUGCUUCCAUUGAAAAUGAGGUUUCUUGUACAUAACGUGGUCGAGGCUGUUACCGUUUGUACCGAGGCCUAAUUCUUCACCCUCAAGGGAAAUCUGGACGGUUUUGAUUUCUCAUGGAAAGGCACAUUGAAUGUAAUUUUAAUUUUAUUAAAGGUGAUGCUUCAUGUCAUUCAAUUGUUAACGGUGAUUUAGAGUCAAUGGGUAGUUUUUAGUGGAGGUGACACCUUCUCCAACUACAUGCAAUACACCUUUUGUGAUGUUUAAUGAUGUUUGGAGUCAAAGAUGUGGGUCUGAUCUGGGAUGAGCAAAGUGUAAAAACUUAACAUCUGUUCCUUAUUUGUCCCGUGUUUUAGUAAAAGUAGCAGACGAAUCAUGGUCACUCACAACUAAACACCUAGCGUGCCGAUUUUAUUUGUACUUCAGGUUGUUCAUGAAAAUGUUUUGUAAGAUGUGUGUUGGUUUUACUUGACAAAAAAACAGAAAAUGAAGCCUCCUUUUUAUUUUGCUUUUAUGAAACGAUGUUCUGUUAGAAAAACUGGACACAUGCUGUUUAUGGAAGGAUGAUGAACUGAACCAUCGAGUUUUAUUUUGAUUUGGGUCGAAGACGCAGAGGAAAAAACUUCAAGUCUUUAAGUUACAUGGACUGGAUUGUUAAUUAUUUGUCAACUUCAAGUUGACGCCGAAGACUUAUGGGAUCAAUAACUUGCUAAAUAAAUCAUUAUCAGAAAAACGGAA